AUGAGCAAACGUCCCAGCUCAACUUCGGAGGGCUUGCCUCCCAGCAAGAGAAGACAAACAGACAACGAAUCCGUCGAAUUGAUUGUUUCUCAUAGCGAUGAACUCAUCAAGUGUCUCCAGGCGCUGAGCAAAUCGCCCAAGGGGACAUCGCCUCAGGGUGACAUGCUACAAAAUCUUCGAAUCCUCAGCAAAAAGCUCCUUCCGUCGUUCAAGUAUCUAGCUGGCGAAGAAGAAUAUUUGCCUGAGAAUGAGGAGAUUAAGUCAAAGGAGAAAUCUAUACACUCACAUUCACUCGAUGGGCCUCCAAUUCCUUCCCUCUCAGCCGUCCGACCUUGGACUGCCUCGGACAUUCCCGCCACAUUACCACCUCUACCCAAAAUCAACAAUCCCGUCUUGGAGGUAGCUGCCUUCACUCACCAAGGAAAGGUCAAGAACAAAGGCGACCUGAGCUACGACCGCCUCGAGUGGCUCGGAGACGCUUACGUGGAGCUAUUAUCGACAUGCCUCAUCUUCCAAACAUUCGGAGGCUUGCCUACCGGAAAGUGUUCCCAGAUACGAGAAGUCCUCAUCAAGAAUGCCAACCUCGGCGACUAUUCUACGCAAUAUAAGCUUUUCGAGAGAGCAAUCCUCCCAGCUGAGCUUGACCCGAACAGCAAGAUAGCGGUGAAAGCAAACCCGCAAGAAGUCAGGAAAGUCAGAGGUGACUUAUUCGAGGCUUAUGUUGCUGCCGUCAUUCUCUCUGAUGCAGACGGUCUUCGCCGGGCCGGAGAAUGGCUGCGCUCACUCUGGAGUAUGACAAUCAAGGACAAGAUUGAAUCUGCCGACAGGACUCCAGACAUUCAUGUUGUGAAGGAAUUGGGGAGCUCAGCGGCACCACAGGAGUCCAAGCUACCCCCCAAAGUCGAAUUAUCGAAACUCAUUGGAGCUAAGGGCAUCAACAUUCGGUAUGAAGACUUGCCCAGCGCCAAACAGAAGGACAAGUUGAAUAAGAAGCUGGCUUUGUUCACUGUUGGCGUGUAUCUGGAUGGAUGGGGCGAGAGGAACAAACUUCUUGGAGUGGGCAGCGAUCUGAACAAAAAGGAGGCUGGACAGAAAGCAGCCGCAGCUGCACUGGGCAACAAAAAACUCAUGAAGACGUACCAGGACAAGAAGGUCGCUUUGUACAAAGCUCGCGAAGACUUGGAUGGGAUGGAGCCUUAG